GGUUCUGCUUCCUCUCUUCUACAAAGUACACAGUACACACUCAAAAAACAACCGGAUAGAAUCAUAGAAAUGCCCCUUACCUUCCAUUCCCUCCCAUCCUUCCUUCCUCCCUUUCAUAUUUCUUCUUCCCCAAUCCCCGAACACAACUCACUCCCCUUCCCCCUCUGCCUGAAACAAUCCUUCCCCACCACUACCACCACCAGCAGAAGCUCCGCCGUUUCCGCCAUUGGCCCAGAUGGAAAGUUCUAUCCAAACCCAUCAGAUGAUGACCCGCCAGUAGCCCCAGAAGACUCAAUGCACGGAGUCAGCAAGUUCCAGCAGAUUCAACGUCAAGCUGCCCGAGCGAGAAAGCUCCAAGAAGAAGAAUUCAAGAAAAACCAGUCCAUUUUCGUUGACGCCCUUGCUGAAAUUGAGGACCCACCUGAAAGCUCCAUUUCUGCCAAUGAUGAAACUUCGGGGGAUGAUUUGUUCGGAGAGAUUGAUAAAGCUCUUGCCUUGAAAAGAAAAGAGUUUGUUAAACAGGGCCUUUUAAAGCCUAAUCCCAAAAAGAACGAAUCCCAGGUUGUUAGUGGUGCCCAGACUGAGGCUGACAUUGAUGAGCUGGAGCCUGAAGAAGAAGUUGAUUUAGAGGAAAUUAAGGAGCUUUCAGGCCUAACUGAGAUUUCAGAGGCUGAUGAUGCUGGUGGAAGUGAAGAGGAAAAGGAGGAGGAGAGGUCAGAAAGGUCUGAUUUUGAGGCGAGUAAUGAACUGAAUAAUGCUGAGUUUUCUGAUUUAUCCUCGUUUGAUAUUGAUUUUGAUGAAUUUGGUAAGAGUAAGGCUAGAAUUUUUGAACCUAAGUUUAGAAUGAGUUUAGCUGAGCUUUUAGAUGAGAGUAAAGUUGUGCCUGUUUCGGUGUAUGGGAAUUUAGAGUUGGAGAUUAGUGGGAUUCAGCAUGAUUCACGGUUGGUGGAGAGUGGUGAUUUGUUUGUGUGUUGCGUUGGGAGGAACACCGAUGGACAUUUGUACUUAUCCGAGGCUGAUAAGAGAGGAGCUGUUGCAGUUGUGGCAAGUAAAGAGAUUGACAUUGAGGAGACGUUGGGCUGUAAGGCUUUGGUUAUAGUGGAGGAUACCAGUGCGGUUCUUGCUUCAUUGGCUGCUUCAUUUUAUAGGUAUCCGUCUAAGAAUAUGUCUGUGAUUGGGAUAACGGGGACUAAUGGGAAGACUACUACUGCAUAUUUGAUAAAGGGGAUGUAUGAGGCUAUGGGAUUGAGGACAGGGUUGUUGAGUACUGUGGCGUAUUAUGUUCAUGGGGAUAACAAAUUGGACUCUUCAAGUACGACCCCUGAUGCCGUUUUAAUACAGAAGUUGAUGGCAAAAAUGGUGCACAAUGGGACGGAAGCUAUGGUUAUGGAGGCUUCAUCUCAUGGAUUGGCGUUAGGGAGGUGUGAUGAGGUCGAUUUUGAUAUUGCAGUUUUGACAAAUAUGACAAGGGAUCAUUUGGAUUUUCAUGGGACUGAGGAGGAGUAUAGGAAUUCCAAGGCUAAGUUGUUUUCAAGGAUGGUGGAUCCUGAACGCCAUCGGAAAAUUGUAAAUAUUGAUGAUCCUAAUGCAACGUUCUUCAUUGCACAAGGAAGUCCUGAUGUGCCUAUUGUAACUUUUGCAAUGGAUAAUAAGAAUGCUGAUGUCCAUCCCUUAAAAUUUGAGUUGUCUCUGUUUGAGACCCAGAUAUUGGUUAAUACGCCUCAAGGAAUAUUGGAGAUUUCGUCUGGAUUGCUUGGAAGGCAUAACAUUUAUAACAUUCUUGCGGCUGUUGCUGUUGGGAUCGCAGUUGGUGCACCUUUGGAAGACAUAGUGAGAGGGGUUGAAGAGGUUGACACCGUCCCAGGUAGAUGUGAGUUGAUAGAUGAGGAACAGGCAUUUGGGGUGAUUGUGGACUAUGCUCACACUCCUGAUGCAUUGUCUAGACUCCUUGAUUAUGUAAGGGAGCUCAACCCUAGGAGGAUUAUCACAGUUGUUGGUUGUGCUGGUGAAAGCGAUAGAGGGAAGAGGCCGAUUAUGACAAAGAUAGCAACAGACAAAAGUGACGUGACUAUUUUGACAUCUGAUAAUCCAAAGAAUGAAGAUCCAUUGGAUAUAUUGGAUGACAUGUUGGUUGGAGUAGGAUGGACUAUGCAAGAUUAUCUGAAACAUGGAGAGAAUGACUAUUAUCCUCCUCUUCCUAAUGGCCAUAGACUUUUCUUGCAUGAUAUAAGGCGGGUAGCUGUACGUUGUGCGGUUGCUAUGGGUGAGGAAGGUGAUAUGGUUGUUGUUGCUGGAAAAGGCCAUGAAACAUACCAGAUAGAAGGUGACAAGAACGAAUUUUUUGAUGACCGAGAGGAGUGCCGUGAGGCAUUGCAUUAUGUUGAUGAGCUUCAUCAGGCUGGAAUUGAUACAAGUGAAUUCCCAUGGAGGCUGCCAGAGAGUCAUUGAUAUGGUAGCAGAAAAUGUUUAUAGAAAAGCUUUAUGAGGAUACGCAAGGAGCGCAAGUCAUUUUGUGGGAGCUUGGUGCCAUCACACUGGAAUUGAGAAGCAGGCUGUUUGACUUGCCUUGAGAUAUAUGGAUAUGAAGAAGAGCAACUGUUGCAUGUGGAAUGGUGUUCUUCAGAUUCAAUUGCAGGAAUGGUUAAACAUAUCAGAACCUGCUUUUAUAGAGAGAGGUUGUUACUGGGUUUAGUUACCUUGCAAAUGGCAGCCAGUCGAUCAUACUGACGUUGCAAUUUUGUAAGCAUUUGCAUUAACUGGUAUCUCUCCAUACAUGUUGUAAUUUUGUAAGCAUGUGCAGUUAGGAUUAUCGGAAGGGCCAGCCCCGGGGGGGGGGGCGGGUUCUGGUUUUUUCCUCUUUCAAUUGAUGUUUAUGUAGUGAAGGAAGGACAGAGACAUGGAAAUAUGCUGAAUGAGAUUGAGAUAUCAUAUUGAUAGCCA